AUGGGCAAGAUUAUGAAGAAGAAAGUGGAUAAAAUUAAGGCGAACAAAGAAGAGGACAUUGGGGUGUUUACGGCUGUUCCCGAGGCGGUUCGUUACGACGAUGAUGUGGAAGAGGAAGAUUUUGACCCUCAGCUGAGCGCAGAUGAAGUGGAGGCAGAAGAGGAGGAUGAUGAACGCAAGAGAAACAAGCUGGUCCAGGCCAUCAGCUCCAUGGGAAAGGGGCGCAAGAGUUCACGCCUGGAGGAGAGGUCCGAGGCCGCGCUCAUCGUAUCUGAGUUUGGCGUGAACUCUGUGGGAGAGAGUGGAAAGGUCGAGCUGUCAGACCUGAUCCCCAGCGCCACCAAGAAGGCCCAGAAGCAGAUCGAGACUCUCAAGAGGGGCCGCAGGACGCUCGAAACUCCACUGUCAAGGCAGGAGACCGAGCGCAUUCACAGAGAUGUGGCAUUCCAGAAAGUGUCAGAAGAAGUGUCCAAGUGGAAGAGCGUGAUCAAACAGAACCAGCGCUCCGAGCAGCUGGUUUUCCCCCUGAACCAGGAGCCCUCUGGACCCAAGGCCAUCGAACACGUGGUGACAGGCUGGAAAUCCCAAACGCCGCUGGAACAGGAGAUCUUUGCUCUACUCAACGCCAACAAACAGCCCAUACACAACCCGGUCCUCACCCCCGCCGAAGAGGAAUCCAUCAAAGCCAUGAGUUUGGUAGAGGCCAAAAUCCGUAGGGCCGAACUCCAGAAGGCAAGAGCCAUCCAGUCAUAUUACGAAUCCAAAACGAGGCGUGAGCGCAAAAUCAAAAGCAAAAAGUACCACAAGGUUCACAACAAGGCAAAGCGGAAGGAGUUUCUAAAGCAGUUCGACGAGAUGGUAAAGACCAACCCGGAAGCAGCUCUGGAGGAGUUGAAGAAGCUGGAACUGGGGCGCAUGAAAGAGCGCAUGUCUCUCAAGCACCAAAACAGCGGAAAGUGGGCCAAGUCCAAAGUCAUCAUGGCAAAGUACGACGAGGAUGCAAGGAAAGCCAUGCAGCAGCAGCUCGAGAUCAACAAAGAGCUCACGCAAAAGGUUGUCACCGCUCUGAAUAACGAUGAGGAGGAGGAAGAAGAAAAGGAGGAAGAGGUCCUGCCGGAUUUUGCAAACGAUGCGGAACAAGCCGGAGACUCGACGAACCCCUGGAUGAGAGGAAAGCUUACAGAAGAGGAGCGAGAGAACAAAGAAGUGUCCGAGAUGCCGGUGGAGACUGUUGUGAUAGAGGAGGAAUCCGAGGAAGAGGAGGUGAACGAAGACGAGGUGUUGUUGAAGGAGUUUGAAAAUAAGCGUCAAAGGCGUAGAGAAGCGGAAAACAAAACGGACGAACAAGAUGAGGAACAGGAGGAUGAGGAUGAGGAGGACGGCAUGGCAGAGGAGGAAUUGUCUAAGUUUAUGUCAAUGAUCCGUGGUUUGUCAAGGAAGCCAGAAGUCGAAAUAAUCGCAGACAACUCCACGCCAUUAGAGGAAGGGCUCUCGAGGAUUCAGACUAUGGAGGACGCCGAGAAUCUACAAGACGCGGAAAUGCCGGAAAGCGAUGUGGUCGAAGUGGUACCGCAGGAAGAACAUACAGGCAUAGCACCAGCAAAAAAAGCCAAAAAGAGAAAACGCAAUAUUGAACUGAAGCAAGUCCUGACUAAAGAAAGCAAAGUGGUAACCGUCCCGCUGAAAGUGACAACAGAGGAAGCAGAAGACGAGGAUUUGGAGGAGGAAAUAGACCAGCGAGGGCUCAUCAGAGAGGCGUUCGCGGGGGACGACGUUGUUUCUGAUUUCCUGAAAGAAAAGCGCAACCAGGAAAACGCAGGCAAACCCAAAUCGGUGAAUCUGACACUGCCGGGAUGGGGCGAAUGGGGCGGCCUUGGUUUGAUGCCGUCGAGGAAGAAGCGCAAGAAGUUCCGAGUCAAAGCAGCGCCAGCGGCACCACGCAGAGACGCCAAGCUUCCCGAGGUGAUCAUGUCGGAGCACCGGGACAAGAGCAUCGCCCUGCACCAAGUGAACAGUCUGCCCUUCCCGUUCGACAACCACAUACAGUUCGAAAGCUCCAUCCGCUGUCCGAUGGGGAGAACGUGGAACAGCGAAAAAACGGUCCAGAAGGUCACACAGCCGAGAGUGGUGACGCAGUUGGGGGCCAUCAUUGAGCCAAUGGGACGCGAGGAGUUCAAGAAGGUUCCGCAGGCCAAUCAGAAAGCUCAAACCCCUACUGUGACAAAUCAAAGGAAUGGACAGCCGGAAAGAAGGCAUAAACACGUUCAGAAACGGAAAAAGCACAAGUAG